AACUGCAGACGACCCUUAGAUAGCAGCUUACAAGUGUUGAUGCAUUAAUGUUAAUGCCACAUAACUUGACAGUGCGCAGUAAACUGGCUGCAACUAGCUAGUGUGCUAACUAAUCUUAGCAUUUGCUUUUGUGGCAUUACCCUGGUCAAAAAUAGAAAAGCUGCUGGCUAGUUUUGCAAACGCACACGGAUGUUGGCAGGCAAAUAGUUCUACAGUUCGAACAAAGAAAUAUAUUCUUAAGAUCACAAAAACAUCCCGACGAGGAAAUAUGAACAGUUCAUCUGAUCCUCCCAACAGCACUCAGGGGCCCACCACAGAUAAAAAAGCCCCCCAGGAGAAACCGGCGGACAAAGCGGGGAAGAACCCUACGCAAGAACCCGAAGAAGAGAUUGACAUUGAUCUGGAUGCGCCAGAGACGGAAAAGGCAGCUUUGGCAAUACAGAAUCAGUUCAGACGCUUCCAGAAGAAAAAGAAGUAGAAAAGGGAAGAAUGAACGAAAGGAUCAGUGCAGAGGACAAAAAAACUUCCGCAAUAUUCAAAAUGGAAAGAGAUUUAAUAAGGAAGAGACAGAGAAAAGGGAAAAGUCAAGUGUGGGUGGGAAAUUAGGGGUUUGGAAAACAAAUGAUAGCCCUGUGGCAUCAACAUGCUGGGUUGAUUAGAGUUUAGUACAUAGGAAUAGAGAAGGAUUUUCACUUUAAAAGACAUUGCAGAUUUUGUUCUUGUUGUGUUUGUCUAGAUUUGUCUCCAUCCUUUCUCUCCUCUCCUGUAGACAUAAAUAUAGGUAGGAACGUGUUAUUGACAUGCUCAACACACAUCUGUCAUUUAAUACAGUAUAUUUAGUAUAUCAUUGAUGCAAAAUGUAACUGAUAUAAAUGUAAGAAUUCAAAGGGCAGUAAUGACCAAAUGUUACACUGCACCACAGUUAAACAUGCUGGUGUGAAUUAGCAUAGAUAUGAAGUAGCUUAGUUGUAAAUGCAUUCUUAGUGGUAGGCCUAGCUCUUUUUUCUUUCUAAAUGAUGAGUGUUUGAAAAAAAUAAAGAAAUCUCAGUAACACCAUUAUCUGUUUAGCAUUAGUUAACUACAUUAACAUGAACAUGAACUAACAAUUAAAUACUCCUAAUGCAUUCAUCAAUAUCAGUUAAUGUUAAUGCAUAAUUAAAAACAUUUAUGUUAACAAAGAUUAAUGAUACAGUAACAAAGGAACAGCUCGCUGUUAAUGUUAGUUAAUGCAUUAUUAGGUGUUACCGAAAUUUCUUUAUAUCAACAGUAGACCACAUAAUGAUUUGAUAACAGAAAAAAUAUAUUAACCAGACAUUAAAAGAAGAAUUAGCAAUAACAAUAUCUUGCAUAUUUCUGCAUUUUGGACAGGUAUUUAAUCAAAACACUGUAUAAAAUGAAGUAGCUUGUUACAGUGCCCUCCACUCAUAUUGGCUCCCUUGGUAAAUAUGAGCAAAGGCGGCUGUGAAAAUAAAUCUGCUUUGUUGAUCUUUUUGAAAUUUUUAACCUUUCAUUGAAGUAAAACAACUGAAAGUGGGGAGAAAAUCUCAUGGUGAAAUAAAUGUUUUUCUCCAAUGCAUGUUGGCCACAAUUAUUGGCACCCCUAGAAAUUCUUAUGAGUAAAAUAUCUCUAAAGUAUAUUACAUCCAUAUUUAAAUUUUUUUAGCACACCAGGGUGACUAGGAGCAUGAAAUUGUCCAGCCAUGACUUGCUGUUCCACAGGAUUAUAAAUAUAAGGAACACAAAGGCCAAAUUCCCUUAAUCAUCCAUCACAAGGUGUAAAACCAAAGAAUAUAGUUCUGAUGUGCAGAACAAGAUUGUUGAGCUUCACAAAAUAGAAAAUGGCUUUAAGAAAAGAGCUAAAGCAUUGAAAAUCCCCAUUUCCACCAUCAGGGGAAUAAUUAAGAGGUUCCUGUAAACUAAAGAUGUUACAAAUCUGCCUGGAAGAGGACGUGUGUCUAUAUCGUCCUAAUGCACGAUGAGGAGGAGAGUUUGAGUGGUGAAAGACUCUCCAAGGAUCACAGCUGGAGAAUUGCAGAGAUUAGUUGAAUAUUGGGGUCAGAAAGCUUAAAAAAUAUAUAUCAAAGAGCCCCUACAUCACCACAUGUUGUUCGGGAGGAUUUCAAGAAAAAUUGUCCUCGCUCAUCCAAAAACAAACUCCAGCAUAUUCAGUUGUCAGACACGACUGGAACUUCAAAUAGCACUGGCUUAUAUGGUCACAUGAAACAAAACAACAAAAAAAUGAUUUUUGGCAGCAAACCCUCCAGAUAGGUUUAGUACAAACAGGGAUAAAAAGUACCCCAUGCCCACUGUUAAAUAUACUGCUGGAUCUUUAAUGUUGUGGGCCUAUUUUUCUGCCGGAGGUCCUGCUCAUCUUGUUCAGACGCAUGGCAUCAUGGAUUCAAUCAAAUACCAACAGAUAAAAAAAUCUAAACCUGUCUGCCUCUGUUAGAAAGCUUAUAAUGGGCUUUGGUUGGAUCUUCUAUCAGGACAAUAAUCCAAAACAUUAUAAAGGAUCUGGAGAGAUUCUGUAUGAAGGAAUGGUCUCUGAUCUCUUAUCAGGUGUUCUCAAAACUCAUCAGGCAUUAUAGGAGAAAACUCAGAGCUAUAAUUGGGUGCCAAUAAUUGUGGCCAACAUGAACUAGAGAAAGCAUUUAUUUCACAAUGAGAUUUCCCUCCACUUUCAAUUGAUUUACUUCAAUGAUAGGUUAAAAUGUUGUGAAUUUUUUGAAUGAAAGAUAAACAAUGCAGAUUUAAUUUCACAGCCGCCUUUGCUCAUAUUUACCAAGGGUGCCAAUAUUAGUGAAGGGCACUAUAUUUUCAAAUUUGUCCCUAUUCAUGCAAAUGGCAUGUGAAACAGGCAAAGUAUGACAUUUUUGCUCAAUUUACUGUAUUUUACCGGCUGGUUGAAUUUAGCACAAGGCCGAGAACCUUUUUAAGUCACGUCAUACUCACUGAAAUUAGCAUAAUGCCUUUAAUUUUUGCUUUAUUGCCAGUUACAGGCGUGCAGUGAGAUCCUUGAAUUUUUGGCUAGUCAAAUGAAGAUGAUUAUCAAGGAAAGUGUACCAUUUGAUCUAUUUUAAGUGUCUUUCUCUUUCUCCUUCCCCUAUAAUUAAAGCGGUCUCUACAGAUAUCUCAGAAUAGCUCAUAAUAAUGAGAGCAGUCUAUAGACACUCAUGAUUAUCUCACAGUUAAUGGGACAAAUGAUGCCUGUAAUUGCAUUGAGACAGGUGUGAUGAAAAUGUCAUCGGUGUUUGAUCGUUUUCAAAUAAUCACUGGCAAUGCAACAAUUUAAUACAUAUGUUAUUAUUCUGUAUGUUUUAUAUAAAGUAUGACACAUUUUACUGUUGGACAGUUAUCUUGUCCUGUAUUGCCCUGUACUUCUUUUUCUGUACAUGUACUUAUGUGCGCUUGAGUGCUCUAACCCACACUUGUUUCUUUUUUCUCCGUGUGACUCAGUCUAAAAUAU